AUGACAGACGGGACGGAGGCAAGCCUCCACCCAAAGAGGGUGGCUGCACUGCCCGCCUCUGCAGCCCCGCCCCCGGCCAAGAAGAAGAAGCGGCAGGCCACCAGCCCCGACCUCAUCCGGCGGGAGAUACUCGAUGUGUACAGCGCAUAUGACGCCCUGCUGUCGUCUCCCACGGACCCGGAGCCCUACGUGCAGACGCUCGUCUCUGCAGGCGCCACCGGGUCGGCGCCCGCCAGACGCCUGGCCGCCCGCCUGCUGCCCCGCUUCGCCUCGCUCUGCCCCCGCCUCUGCCUCCCCGCCAGCUCGGCGCUGCUGGAGCUGGCGGCGCUGAGCCUGGGGGCCGGCGAGGAGGCGCUGGCCGCGGAUGCCCGUCGCGACGCCGGCGCGGGGCUGCCCCUCGUGGUUCCCGCGAUGCUCCGCGCCGGGGCCGCCGGGCCCGCGGCCACCCGGGCGGCCAUCGGCCUGAUCGACGCCGCCUUCCGCAGGCUGGCCCGGCCCCCCAUCCCGGGGGCAGAGGCCGAGGCCUGGGUCGAGGCGCUGGUGGUCGCCUUCCGCGCGCGGCCCCGACUCGUCCUGGCGGCCUGCCUGCCGGCGCUGAGGGCGGAGGGCGGGGGUUCGCGCGCCGUCGCCGCCUCCCUCAUCCGCGACCGGCUGCUGGCCGGCGGGGUGGCGGCGGAGGUGCUGGCGCAGCUGCCCCUGGGCGAGGCGCUCUGGUUCGACAGCCAGCUGGAGGGGGCGCUGCCAGGCCUUCCCCCCGAGUGCGCCAGCCUGGUGCGCCAGCUGGCAGUGAAGGUGCCUGGGUCGGCGGCCCAGGCAGCAGAGGAAGCCCGACUGGCAGAGGGAGCAGGCGGGGACAUCUUGGCCGAUGGGCCACAGGAUGGCGGCUCCUCUGGCGUCGGUAGCGCCUCGGUCAGCAUCCCAGGGCCAGCUGAGCCCGGAAGGGAGGCACGCCUGCUCGGGGCGCAGGCGUGA